AUGCCGAAGACAAAGGUGGAUAGGCUUGCUCAUGCCAAAGCAAAUGGCUAUGAGAGAGGCGCACAAGGACAAUGGGCAUCACAGGAUAGUGAUAUGAAUAAAAAAGAUUGUCUUUGUGAAGGGCAACCUGCACCAGACUUGGCCACUAUUAAGGACUUCAUUCGCUAUUAUAUAUUCUCCACCCAAGGAAUGCUCUCUAUCCGGCAAACCGUGUCUUCUGUGUUGAACUUUGCUGAACGAUUUUUUGCCAGGUUCACUCAUGUUACAAAGACCACUUUUGACAAGAAGGACGCAGAAGAUGUUUACUAUUGGAUUAGGAAGACCCUCAUUAAGGAGGAUAUUAUUGAGAACAAGAAACGCACCAAGCACAUGUUUACAUAUUGUGACUUAACCAAUAUCAUUUUUUCCAUGUGGACUGAUGAUGACCCAGUUUUCAUUCAUAAGCGACACAGGAUUCAAAUGACCUUUGCUAUCCUAAUAUACUGCUACUCCGGAGCAAGAAUUGGGGCCUUUAUUCCAGAUAUGUCAAAAGCAGAUUAUCAGGGACUGCGAUAUGAGGACAUUGAAUUAUAUCUAUAUUGCAGGCCUGAUGGCGAAAAGGAAAUUUUCUUCUGUCUUAGUCAAAAAUGGGUGAAAAACAAUCAUGACCCCAAAAAUACAGUGUUCCGUGUGGUAAUGAGAGAACACGGGAAGCUUCGCUUCAAUCCAGUCCCCUAUCUACUGAUGCUAGCAUUUGCAGACAACACGCUUUUCAGCUUAGAUAAUAUUGAGGCGCUGGACAACAUGGAACCUGAUGGACGAGCCCAUUUGGCUGCUGUGGAAGCCAUGUGUUCAAGUUUACAGCGCGGUCUUGCAAAUAAAAUUGAUAAGAUCGCCACUGAAGCCGAAAGAGGCCAGCUGCUGAACCAAACUGAUCCUCAUGUCUAUGGAUGCAGCUAUAUUGCAAACACUUCAGCUCUGAGUAGCAUGGAUGCCUUAAAGAACAGAUGCAUCAGGACCAUAUCAAAUAUCUCCAAGGGCGGUCAAGGACUUGUUUACUUAUAUACAUGGGACUAUGAUGUCGUGUAUCGUCCUGGGGAAGAGCCAUUGGGUGGUAUAUGUCCUGCAAGAGGCUGCAAUUUCUCAUUACAAAUACAGCAAGAAUUGUCACUUGCUCUUGGAUGCCGGCCACAGGACCUAGAGUACUGCUAUAAAUAUGUCCAGUUUGUUACUAAAGACAAGUGGGAAGAGCAUUGCAAAGGACAUCUUGAGUCCAUCAGCUCCCAACAGUGUGAGAUCAUCACCUACUGCCAUACCCUCAUCCGACCAGGGUACUGCCUUUUCUGCCUGGGAGAUAGCACCAAAUUACCUUCCAGGCGCAUGAAACCCUGGACGCGCAGUAAUGAGUUAAAGGAUCAUAUAGAAAGUGAUCAUCUGAUGGAUGCACAUUGGCCACAGCGGUGCCGACAUCCAAUGUGUAAUCAGCAAGACCUGGGUAAAAUGGCCCUGUAUUAUCAUCUUAGUGACAUACAUGGCCUACACAAUGCUAUUUGGAAUAAGACCAACAGACCCAUGUUUAAAGUUGAAGACACAGAUUCAGAGGUCGACGCAGAGCUGAACAAAACCAGAAAUAAGAGACAGCCUGGCAAAAUCGACAUAAGGGAGGCGGAAAGAAGGCGACCAAAAGGAUAG